AUGGAAGGACAAGAAGAUGCAAGGUACGAAGAGGAGGCGGGUGAAAUUGAUAAAUAUUCAACGCCAAAGUCUUCAUCUAUCUUCGAAGAUACUACAAGAGCGUUAACUCGAGCAGAAGCAGGAGAGUGUCUUCACACAUUAGGAAAAUGCGAUUCCGGUCUUGGUUAUGCUUAUCUGGGUCUGAACGCAUCUAAUAAGGGACUGACAGAUAUUACAGUCAUACCAACGUUCAGAUAUGUGUUAUACGUGGACGUUUCCGGAAAUAGAUUAACGACCGAGGCACUCCGCGUUCUUUCAUCGAUGAAAUAUCUUCUGAUGCUUCAAGCUGAUAGAAAUCAACUGUCCUCAGCGGAAUUAGAUUCUAUGCCUUAUCUUCAGGUUCUGACGUUGAAUAGAAAUAAAUUGAAAAGCACGUUAGGAAUUUCUCAUAAGCUUCUAGAGUGUUUGGAAUUAAACCAUAAUAAUGUCGAGGAAGUCACACUGAAUCCGUACGAUCUCGAGAACUUGAAGAUCCUCGAACUGCGUGGAAAUAUACUGACCACGACGAAUGGAAUUUUCUUUCCAGCACUGACACGGCUAUAUCUCGCGGAGAAUCAAAUAGAGAAAGUGGAAGGUUUCGAAAUAUUAGUCAACUUAAGAAUUCUGCAUCUCAGGAGCAAUAAAAUCUCGAGUUUGGAUGGAUUUGACUCACGUUGUGCUAAGCUAAGUUAUUUGAAUCUACGGGAUAACGAGAUCACAAAAAUCUCGGAGUUAGAGAAAUUGAAUUGCUUGCCGGCGUUGGAGACUUUGAUUAUUUUGGAAAAUCCUGUGACACUUGAUAGAGAAGUGGAGGAAGAAUCUGCUUAUAGACACAUUGUAUUGGCUAUGUUGCCUAACCUGACACGAAUCGACAAGGAUCCAGUGUUGUACAAGGAAAGGAAACAUGCUAAAGAAUUUCGCAAACAAAUGCUUCGCGAUGGAACAACGUUCGCCGAUUUAGAUUUAAAUUUUUUCAAUGUAGAGUAA